CCGAAUGAUCGCUACAAAUCCACGUUCAAGGCGCGGUACAGGCAUUUUGAGUGCACUGGGUGGUCAUGCCUUUUGGCCUCAUCAACACCCCGGCGACCUUUCAAGCAGCAAUGACCAACGAGUUCCGUACAAUGUUGGACCGGUUCGUGCUGGUCUACUUAGACGAUAUUCUCGUCUAUAGCCGGACUUUAGAGGAUCAUCUUGGGCAUCUUCGACGAGUGUUGGAGACGCUUCGCCGCGCCAAGUACAAGGCCAACCGCGACAAGUGCGAAUUUGUCCGGCAAGAGCUGAAAUACUUGGGACAUUUUGUCACACCGGAGGGCAUCAGUCCGCUAUCGGACAAGAUUCAGGUCAUCCAAGAGUGGCCAGAGCCUCGGAACGUCACGGAUGUCCGUUCGUUCCUUGGCCUUGCCGGCUACUACCAGCGUUUUAUCAAAGGCUACUCGAAGAUCGCGGCCCACUUGACCAAGUUUCAAUGCGAGGAUCGACCGUUUGACUUCGGAGAGGAGGCGCGGAAAUCAUUUUUGGCUCUUAAAGCCGUGCUAUUAUCUGCGGAGGUCUUGCGCAUAUACGACCCGCUUUUGCCUACGCGCAUCACUACUGAUGCGUCCGGCUAUGGCAUUGGUGUCGUCCUCGAGCAACAUGAUGGUGUGGACUGGCACCCGGCCGAGUAUUUCAACAAGAAAGUGCCCGUCGUGCAUUCCAUUGACGAUGCACGCAAGAAGGAGCUCCUCGCCUUCGUCCACGCACUCAAGCGGUGGCGACACUUCCUCCUUGGUCGAAGCCAAUUUCAAUGGGUAACGGACAACAAUUCAUUGGUCUUCUAUAAGACCCAAGACACUGUCAAGAGCACCAUCGCUCGAUGGAUGACUUUCAUCGACCAGUUCGACUUCUUUCCCGAUCACAUUCCCGGGAAGUCGAACCGUUUUGCGGAUGAUCUUUCACGCCGUCCGGAUCAUUGUAGCGCAGUCUACUCAACCUUCGAGAUCGACGAUGACCUGUUGAACAGCUUCAUCCGCGGCUACCAAGCCGAACCCGAGUUUCGCGACAAGUACGCGAAUUGCUCCUCUCCUAAUCCGGCGCCUUCUCACUACUGGAUCCAAGAGGGGUACUUGCUUGUCCACACAUGGGGGAAGGACCUUCUUUGCAUACCAAGUGAUCCUCACUUGCGUACACGGCUUCUUGGCGAGUUCCACGAUGCUCCCGCCACCGGACACUUUGGAGUCAAUCGUACGAUUGACCAACUUCACGAGCGAUUUUGGUGGCCCGGCCUUCUCGGCGACGUCACACGCUAUUGCGAGUCAUGCGAGGUUUGCCAACGCUGAAAAUCCCGCAACCAUUGUCCGUACGGCGAGUACGACCAUU